UGGAUAAUUACUCCUUCCCCUACGCUCUCUCUCUCUCUCUCUCUCUCUCUCUCUCUCUCUGUAUCUCUCUCUACAUAUACUAGUGUGCUACAGUACUAUCCUAAUUCCUCAGACGGUACUGCAAUAGGGCCCAAUUAAAAGCUGUAACCCCCCCCUCCCCUGCAAAAGCUGUCCCCGUUUCUUCCCCCUUUCUGUUUUGCCCAUUUACUCUCUCUCGGAUUCCAUAGCAAGAACUAGAGAGAGAGAGUAGAUUGGGUUUUGUGUUUGCGGAGAGAGAGAGAGAGAAAUUAAGUGAAGAUGGGUGAGAAAGAUGAUGGGUUAGGACUAAGCUUGAGCUUCAAAUGCCCAGAGCAAGAGAAUCCACCACCACCACCACCUCCUCCUCCUCCUUUCCCACUGAAUCUACACUCCAUGUUUCAACACCACAACAAGCCUUCACUCACUGCAUUCCAACCUUCUCCUGAGGCGAGAUCUUACCUGCGGGGGUUCGACAUCAACCGGUCCGCGGCGGAGUGCGAGGAGGAGGCGGGGGUGUCGUCGCCAAACAGCACGAUAUCGAGCGUGAGCGGGAAGAGGAGCGAGAGAGAGGAGGCGGCGGAGAGGGGGUGGGGCAGUACCGACGGCGGCGGGGGCGACGAGGACGACGACGGGGGAGAGACGGCGAGGAAGAAGCUGAGGCUGUCGAGGGAGCAGUCGGCGGUGCUGGAAGAGACGUUCAAGGAGCACACCACGCUUAAUCCGAAGCACAAGGUGGCUUUGGCGAAGCAGCUGAAUCUACGGCCUCGACAAGUGGAAGUUUGGUUUCAGAACCGAAGGGCAAGGACGAAGCUGAAGCAAACAGAGGUGGAUUGCGAGUACUUAAAGAGGUGCUGCGAAAAUCUGACGGAGGAAAACAGGCGGUUGCAGAAGGAGGUGAACGAGCUAAGAACAUUGAAACUCUCCCCGCAGUCUUACAUGAACAUGAACCCUCCCACCACUCUCACCAUGUGCCCUUCGUGCGAGCGCGUGGCCGUCCGCCCGCCACCCUCCUCUGCUCCCGCCUCUACCGCACCGCCCGCUACAUCCGCCAACAGCAUUGCGGGCCACCUUAAACCGUCGGGUCCCCAGCACCAAAGAUCUUACGCCCAUAAUCCUGGCCCUUGAACAGGCCUAACCCUGCCGGCCUCAAUCGUACGUGUUUUUCAGGGCUGAGGGUACGUGUUUUUCAGAGCUGAGGGUAUUUCGGUCAUUGAAAAUGAUUGUGGAGGUUAGGACAUGAUUCAUUCAUUUUUAACGUUCGAAUCAAAUUUAUCUUUAGUUUCGCUUUCGAAAAUGAUAUGCAAAAUCCGAAGAUUGAAACAGAUUGGCAUAUGUGGAUAGUACUGAUUUAACCA